AUGUUCAGUAUAUUCACCCAACAUGGACCGUUUCAGUUUACAAGAGAAGGUGACAUGUUCUUGAGGGAGUAUUCCUCGAACAAGAAUCAUACCGUACUUUACAUCGAUAAUCCUGUUGGUACCGGAUUCAGUUUCACGGACGAAGGAGGAUACACACAAAACCAGACUAAAGUCGCCGACAGUUUGUACAGUUGCCUGCAACAGUUCUUUAAAUUAUUCCCCGAGUUACAGGACAACGACUUCUUCGUCACGGGAGAAUCUUUUGGAGGCACAAGAUUCACAAGAUACCAAAACAGAAUGAUCGCAUAUAUUAAUCAGGGAAAUUAUGCGGCAGCUGCACAAGAACACAAGAAUUUGUUCCUCAACAGUACCGGUACAUUCUUGGAGGAAAUAUCAGGCGUUGAUAACGUCUACAAUUAUUUGCACCCAAAAUACGAUGAAACUUUUGAGAACCACUACAAAAAGUUGUUGACCGUAAAAGAGAUAAAAACAGCCUUACACGUUGGAUAUAGGAACUUCAACAAUGGACGAAACGUAGACGUAGCCACGGCGAACACAGUCAACAAACACAGCGCAGAAGACGAGAUCAGCGGCAGCGGCAGCAGCAGCAGCGGCAGCAGCACAGUGGGACACGGUCACCCGCCAGACGAUCGCGUCGGCGAAAACCACGGGAACGACGUUACGACAACGGGCGUUAUUCAAAAAUAA